CCUCCCUCCCUCCCUCCCGCGCGCUUCGCCAGCGUCGGCCCCCCCCGCGUCCGGGGCGCCGUGAGCUGGUCCCCCGCGCCCACCAUGAGCGACCAGAGCCACUCGGUGGAGGACAUGACGGCCGUGGUGAAGAUCGAGAAGGGAGUCGGCAACGGGAACGGCGGCAACGGGGACGGGAACGCCGGCUUCUCCCAGGCCCGGAGCAGCAGUACCGGGAGCACCGGCAGCAGUAGCGGAGGAGCGGGAGCAGGAGGAGGAGGAGCGGGAGCCGGAGGAGGCGGAGGCGGCCAGGAGUCCCAGCCGAGCCCGCUGGCCUUACUGGCCGCCACGUGCAGCCGCAUCGAAUCUCCCAACGAGAACAGCAACAACUCGCAGGGCUCGAGCCAGGCGGCGGCCGCCGGCGAGCUGGACCUCACGGCCGCCUCCCAGCUGGCCCAGGGCGCCAACGGCUGGCAGAUCGUCGCGGCCGGGGCCGGCGCGGCGGCCCCCGCCAAGGAGCCGGGGGCCGGCGACCCCUCCGCCAAGGGACGCCCGGUGGCGGGCGGCCAGUACGUGGUGGCGGCCGGCCCCGGCCAGCAGGUGCUGACGGGCCUGCCCGGGGUGAUGCCCAACAUCCAGUACCAGGUGAUCCCCCAGUUCCAGACGGUGGACGGGCAGCAGCUGCAGCUGGCGGCCACGGCGGCCGGGGCCCAGGUGCCCUCCGACGGGACCGGGGGCCACAUCCAGAUCCUGCCCGGGGCCAACCAGCAGAUCAUCACCAACCGCGGGAGCGGAGGCAACAUCAUCGCGGCCAUGCCCAACCUCCUGCAGCAGGCCGUGCCCCUGCAGGGCCUGGCCAACAACGUCCUGACCGGCCAGGCCCAGUACGUGGCCAACGUGCCCGUGGCCCUCAACGGCAACAUCACCCUGCUGCCCGUCAACAGCGUGGCGGCCUCCCUGGCCCCCGGCUCGCAGCCGGCCGUGGCCCUGGGCGGCUCGGGGCCCCAGGAGGGCGGGCCGCCGCCGGCCACCUCCGGCGCGGCCGCCGGCUCGGCCGCCCCGCCCGCCGCCCCGCCCGGCUCGGGCCCCUUCUUCACCAACGCCAACAGCUACCCCGCCACGGCCGCCACGGCCAGCGCCAACGCCGGCGGGCUGGGCUUCGCCCCGGCCGGCGCCCCGCGGGCGGCCGGCGGCCCGCAGGGCUCGGAGGCCGCGCUGGCCCUCCCGCCGGCCCCCGGCGCCGGGCUCCAGGCCGGCCAGCCCAAGGAGGGCGAGGCCGGGCAGGCGGCCCAGCCCCAGCCGCCCCAGCAGAUCCUCAUCCAGCCUCAGCUGGUCCAGGGGGGCCAGGCCAUCCAGGCCCUGCAGGCCGCCCCGCUGGCCGGCCAGACCUUCGCCACCCAGGCCCUCGCCCCGGAGGCCCUGCAGAACCUGCAGCUGCAGGCCGUGCCCAACUCGGGGCCCAUCCUCAUCCGCACGCCCACCGUGGGGCCCAACGGCCAGGUGAGCUGGCAGACCAUCCAGCUGCAGAACCUCCAGGUGCAGAACCCCCAGGCCCAGACCAUCACGCUGGCGCCCAUGCAGGGCGUCUCGCUGGGCCAGGCCGCGGGCCCCGCCGCCGGGGCCGGCGGGGGCGGCGGCGGGGCGGCCGGGGGCGGCACCCUGACGCCCAUCGCCUCGGCCGCCUCCAUCCCCGCCGGCACCGUCACCGUCAACGCCGCCCAGCUGUCCUCCGUGCCCGGCCUGCAGACCAUCAACCUCAGCGCGCUGGGGGCCUCGGGGAUCCAGGUGCACCAGCUGUCCGGCCUGCCCCUGACCAUCGCCAACGCCGCCGGCGAGCACGGAGCCCAGCUGGGCCUGCACGGCGCCGGGCCGGACGGGCUGCACGACGAGGCGGCCGGCGGAGACGACGGGGACGCCAGCCCGGACCCCCAGCCCCAGCCCGGCCGCCGCACACGCCGAGAGGCCUGCACCUGCCCCUACUGCAAAGACAGCGAAGGACGGAGCACCGGCGAUCCCGGCAAGAAGAAGCAGCACAUCUGCCACAUCCAGGGCUGCGGGAAGGUGUACGGCAAGACCUCCCACCUGCGGGCACACCUGCGCUGGCACACGGGCGAGCGCCCCUUCAUCUGCUCCUGGAUGUUCUGCGGCAAGCGGUUCACCCGCUCGGACGAGCUGCAGCGGCACAAACGCACGCACACGGGUGAGAAGAAGUUCGCCUGCCCCGAGUGUCCGAAGCGCUUCAUGAGGAGCGACCACCUUUCCAAGCACAUCAAGACCCACCAGAACAAGAAGGGCGGGGCGGGCGUGGCGGGGGUGGCCCUGAGCGUGGGCGCCCUGCCCCUGGACAGCGGGGCCGGCUCGGAGGCCGGCGGCGGCACGCCCACCCCCUCCGCCCUCAUCGCCACCAACAUGGUGGCCAUGGAAGCCAUCUGCCCCGACGGCAUCGCCCGCCUCGCCAACAGCGGCAUCAACGUCAUGCAGGUGGCCGACCUGCAGUCCAUCAACAUCAGCGGCAACGGCUUCUGAGCCCCGGGGCCGGCCGGGGGCGCCGCCGGCGGGGGGACGGGGGGGAGGGGGCCGCCGCCGGGGUCGCGGGGGAGGACCGGGCCCCGGGGGCGCCCAGGUAGCGUGGGGCCAAGAGACGCGGGGGAGAGGUGGGGCGCCGCCGC